CAACUACAAUUCAUCACAGCCUGGCGAAGGAUCCCGUGGUUGCAAUCAAUAACCAAUGCACAUGCACUCAAGAAUCUUGAUGCCUCAUCGGUCCUAGCCCUGCAAGAUAGACAACCAGACAACCAGACGGCGAGAUCACCCCCUCCUUGCUGACUUUGCUUACUCCUCCCGGGCAUUCCUCUCUCACAUGUCGACAAUUAUGCUAGAUGUAGCCCACUUUCCUGCACAUUGAUUUGCCAGGUGUUGGUGAUGUGAGACACCAAGCCAUCGAGCGAGUCUGAAGUGCUGUCCCGGCAAGAUGCGAGCCUCAGCACUGCGCUCCGCCGUCAUGGCCAUGACGGCGUCGAGUCUCGCCAAUGGCCUCACCCUCCCCGUUCCCGACGUCGAGGGCGAUGACGGUCCCUCGUCGGCUGCAACGGUCAGGAUUCUCGUCUGCGGCGACUCCAUCUCCCAGGGCAGAGAGGGCGACUUCACAUGGAGGUAUCGGCUGUGGGAAUGGUUCCACAACAACUCCAACGCACAGCCGACCAUGUCGACGACGACGACAUCGACGAUGACCUCAUCGGCACAGAAUGACGCACCACAGUCUUCCUCCACCGGUGCAGGAACCUCAAGCAAUGGCAAAACCACUUACCCAACGAUCCAAUACGUAGGCCCCUUCAACGGGACCCUCCCGGCCUCGGUCGACGCCAUCAACGUCGACCCGACCAACCCGCAGACCUGGGGCGCCUACCACCCGACCGUGUCGCCGCUCUUCUCCCCCGGCGGCGGCAGCUCCCACUUCGCCGUCUACGGCCGCCCCGCCUGGCAGGACAUCGAGCCCAUGCACGGCCAGAUCACGACCCACCGCCCGGACGUCCUCAUCCUGCACCUCGGCUUCAACGACAUCGGCUGGUGGGGCAACAACGCCACCGACCUGCUCCUCAGCGUCCAGCGCCUCGUGUUUAACGCCCGCCUCGCCCGCCCGGACAUCAAGAUCCUCAUCGCCGACGUCUCCCACCGCCUCGCCGUCGCCGGCAGGGAGGACAUCGAGGGCACCACCAACCAGUACAACGACCUGCUCGAUACCAACGCCGCCGCCUGGUGGACCGAGGGCAGCCCUGUCGAGGUCGUCAAGGUCAGCAAGGUCUAUGACUGCCAGACAACCGCCUGCCCCGCCGGCAUAGACGGCCUCCACCCCAACUCCCUCGGCGACUUCCAGAUCGCCCGCGCCUACACCCAGGUCCUGCACGACAAGUUCCACUACGGCGCCGCCCCGCUCGAGGUGCCGCCCCCCGAGACAAUCCCGGGCUUUCUCGCCUCCUCCUCGCCCGCUUCCUCCUCCGCCGCAGCGGCCGGCCACCCGCCGAAUCCGCCAGUCCACUUCCUCGCCGCCGGCGCGGGCCUGUUCUCGCUGGUCCUCGUCGCCGCCCUGAAGCCCGAGUGGCUGCGCCUGCGGAGGGGCCGCUUCGGCCUGGGCGGCGUCAUGAAGGGCCGGUACCACCUGUUGCCGUCGAGGUGAUCUAUGCUCGGCUGGCUGGAGGGUAACAGAUUGGGAAGAAAAGUGCAUGCAUGGUGUGCGUGUAUGGUAUGUAUUUCGUCGGCUUACACGUCGGUAAUGUGGGGCCGGCGGACAUGCAGCCUUGCAGGCCCCACAAGCCACACUGGAUGUCUGGUCGCGCGUCUAGUGACGCGUUAGGAAACAGGCAGCAGGAAUGGCAUAAGGUGAUUUCCAUUGUGAUGGCCGGCCUACGACCUGACUUGUGCCGACCGACCUGAGGGCAAGAGGGAAGAGGGGUGGGCAUCGAUUCACGUAUGAGAGCAUGCACUUAGCGUGGCGUACUGACAUUAAGGGGUCAUGACAGCCACGAGGACACAGAUGACCUAUGAUAUAUAUGUCCUUCCGGACGGGGAAUCCGGCGGUCCAUUACGACGAGAAAUGUAUAGACAGACCUACAGAAAGACGGAGACUGGGUUAUCACAUAAUUCGGGUGCCUGUCAGCGAUCCUAUUAUAAUGACGUCUUUGCGCUCCCGUACUGGCCAUACAUACAUACGUUUCAAACCUCGAGAAUAAUUUCUGAGCAAAAUACCCAUGGUGUGCUCCAUAAUCCGAGUACUCUUCUCCAGACCAAGCCACCCCUGGCCACCAGAACCCGGAACCCAGCCCCGGGGAGCCUCCUCCGCCCACUUCAAGCCCACCAAUAAAAGUAAGAACCACCGCAGACGCAGCCGGCCUCCUGUCCCCAGACACGACCACCGGCAGCCCCUCGCCGCCACGUGCAAAUCCGACGCCGCGGCGUGGGAGUCCUACGUCAACAUCCACAUGUGGUGAAGCGGCGAGCCCGGGAAAUAGAGAACGAGCUGGAGAUAAGCACUGCCCGUCGGUAUGAGGCACGGUCCGUCUGGCGGUGGGGGUAUUAUUCUUGUGGGUGCUUGUUCCUGGCCCACGGCGGUGGAGUGCUGGAGGUUUUGUACCGAGGGGAAGUACGGG